AGUCAUCAGCAAGAAGGUGCUAACCUCGAUCUCUCCUUACGGCAAGCACAAGCACAGGAACAGCAAGUGGAGGAACUUCCACACCACCUCCGCGCUUCAUCCGAUGUCCGUGGCUUCUACCAUCGUUACCCGUAUCUAGAUAUCUGUCCAUCCUAUUUUCAUGAGGGUAAUGGCCUUGUCGGAUACACCAGUUUCGCCUACGGGUACCGGGUUCCAAGUACUUGGGUGUAUCCUAGAAGAUUAGCGUUUUUGGAAGGAGUCGGAGCGGUGUGGGCAUGGAAUCGACCGGAGAGGGUUCUGGGCGUGAAAUAUGGAGGAAAGUUUGAAGCGAAGAAUGUCGACACGGAAGAUGCCGGAACGUCAGUACCUGAAGACAGACACGCUCACACUGUAAUAGACGACAGGAGUAAAAAAGACACUAGAGAAGCUGUCGGUUUUGAGACCCAUGGAACAAGACGUCCAAUGAAUUCAGUAUCGACGAAACAAGGGAAAGAUGAAAGCCAAAGUAGGAGUGAGCAAACACAGGCGACAGGUCGUUGGUUACCCAACUUUGCUAACUCUACAGUGGAAAGAAUGCGGAUUGAUCGGCUACCUGAAAGCCCGUUACGCAUAUGUGCCGGACAUCAUCUGUCGCAUAAAACCAUGCUCAGCACAGGCGAUCUUGCACUACCCAAGAGAGUGAAUUGUACCGCGAUACAGGACUUGCCUUUGGUCUUAUCGCCCACAAGGCCAUUGGUUGGACGACGUGAGGAGAUGGAGAAAUUAUUGCCUAGGGAAGUAGAAGAGGCGUCUGGCUCAGGGAGGUCACUAGCGCAAACGUUGAUGGACUACGACUACAGCGUGAUGUUGAGAAAAGUGAACUUUGCUUGGAUUUUUCUUCGUUGUGAAACUUUACGUAAACGGGUUUCGGAGCAGGAAAUUAGAGCAUUGCGACAGCUCUGCUUUUUUCAGCUGGCUGCUCAACCUCAACACGAGGACGAGGAAAGCAAGACCAUUCGAGAUGUGAACAAGAUCGAAAUCAACUGGGCUGGAGCCCUGAUUGUUGAUGGCUCUCUUGCUUCUCACCUCACCAGGAGGAAGCCGGGACCAAAGAACCAGAAUAGUGGAAAAAUAAUGCAUUUGGAGCAGAUGGGGACACCGGACAAGGCGCGGCAGCAGAGUCGUCCUUGGUUUUGGGUCACCAAGAAAAUAGUGGGAGGUGGUGGAAGGGGUAGAAGUACUACAACAAGUAGAACUACACCAACAAGUUCGAGUACAAGAACUACACCACUAGGUACACCACCAGGUCCUCCUCGUUUCCAGUCUAGUAACAUGGAGGAUGGUCUUGGAUCUUCAUUCAACCAUGGUCAUCAUAAAGCCCGUGAUCCUAUCACGUGUGUCCUGGAAUUGGAUCUUCUCACUACAAGUUUGAAGGUAAGACGUUGUCUGAUUUGACUUGUCUCAACAAUUUUCAAUUUUUCCACGAAAGUAAG